GCUCGGUCGUGUAACAAGCACAAAUCAAUUGGCGCGAGUUCUUCGUCGCAGGCGCCACUUGAUCAAGGUGCGUUGCCCGUCCGGCGUGAUUCCAUGCACGCCAAUACGUUGUCCAUAAGUCUUGAUCGUACACACAUGCCUGAACGGAUCGUUCCACCGCCGACCGCACAAGCAUCGUCGUUCCACGGCACGUCGUUGUUGGCACCAAGAUCUCGUCCACUUGCGCGAUUCCUCCACACAGAAUGCAACGACCAACUCUUUUGCCCGCAAUAUAUGCGGAACAACAAAGCGACCGGGCACAAGGUAAGUCAUGACGCAUGGCCUUGGUGACAUCCUCGUGGUCGUAGAACUUGAGAUGCUUCCCUCAUUGCUGCAAAGGACAUAAAUCGAGGUCGUACUGCGGCUCGUCGUUGACCGUGGCGUGUACAGACGCAUCGUGCGAAUACGUGUUUGGUCGGUUCGAAUUGGAGCAUCCCGCACCAAAAUCCGACGACGUCGGCGGGUCGUCGGACAUUCUGGAUGGCAUCGAUGUGGGGGACAUUCGGCGUCUACGUGACUUUCGAGCGGUCGUCAAAUCGAAAACGAACCCGUUGGCAUCGUGGAUGCAAGGCGUCGAGCUCGCGAAAUCCGUCGACCACGUUGACGACGCACUCAAGUUGUUUGAGCUCAACGAAAACCGCAUCUCGUGGCAUUACGGCUACGUGUCGAAUCGUUUUUCCACGGAUGCAACCCAUGUGUUUCGAGUGUACUGCUUCAAGCGAUGCUCGCUCGAAAACGACGACCUUGAAUGCCUUGCCCAAGUUGCAUCGAUGCCAUUUCGUCUCGUUUCAAGUCGACAAGUUCGAAAGGAAGCUCAAUCGUCCGCGCCGGCCAUCUUGUCGUUGGUUGAUCUCGACAACAUUCCCGACGACCGGUUCGCGUACAUGCAUCGUGCCACGAAUCUGUCAACGCUUCAAACCGUGCUCGCAAAAAUUGGAGAGUUCGAGCGAACAAGUCUCGGCAUCACUUUCUCCACACUCACGUUUCGGCGCAAUGCCACGCAAAACGACUACGUCCGGUUUCAAUCGCUCUUCAAAGAAGAAUCGGACGUUGACGAUGCCAAAAUUGCGGUCUCCCUUCUCGUAAACCUGGUGGAUCGUGUCAUGCAGGCCGGAUUUGUCGUGAAGAUCCAGCACAUCUUGACAGCACUGGCGUCAUGUGUCGCCAAUGCAUCCAAGCUUAACCAGGCCUACGGCGGGUUUAUCCAAAUGCUCGAGGCGCAGGUGCACACGUUUGUGGACAGGACACUCCUGGGUCUAACGUCCGAAUCCAAUCUGUCGCCGCCUGCCUUGGUGGAGCACCUCGUCCAAUUCCUCAAAGCACGGCUGCCACUGUCAUGCUUCAUCAGCAGCGAAGACUUGGAAAAUGGUGCGGCGGCUGCCUUGACGGGUUUGACAGGACUUGCCUUAUCGAACGGACAAUCGAUGCGUGGAAUGCACGAAGAGCCUCCCUACUUCGUUGCACUUGUGGCACAAUUGCGACUGAAAUUCCAGCAAUCUUUGCUUCAGCGAACUCCGUUAUCGAUAGUGGGGCAUCAGGGUGGCAAACAUCAGCACGGCAAAUGGCGUCGAGUUGACUCCCAGCGGCCACAAAUUCAAAUGUUUGUCAUUCGCGAAUAUGCGUUUUCCAUUUCUCAGCGGAUUGAGGUCCUGUCAAGUGACAGCGAGAUUCAGAUUUUCUUGCCCGACAGUGUCAUUCCAGUGUGGACGACUUUCGAACUAUCAAGGAAGCCAAUGCGUCCGUCUCCAGGCCACAUGGGGGUAUCAUCUCAUGUGGGCAUGAACGGUCGAACAGCCACCGCGUACGUGGCAUGGCGUGAAGGCAGUCGCAUCACGAUUCAAACGUACCUGUGGCCGAUGCGUUCAACGCUUACGCGUAUUCGGCUUACGCGUCACAUUCAGAUGGACACGAGUCGCCCGGGAACGACCGAUCGCCUCAUGAUCAUCAAUGAAAUGGAGCAAGCGAAUUACGACCCCAUUGUUCCCCCCGUUGACGCGGACAUUCAAGCACAGCUCAGCUACCCCGCAACGUACUUUCCCAUGCGAACUUACACAGAGUACUAUGAGAAAGACGUGACGAAGAAGCGAAAAGUCAUAACAUAGAAAUGUCUUGCCCGAUACCGUCGCCGUCGGGUGGACACGGCGCAAGACUUCGAUAUUGGAAUAGCGGGACAAUUCUCU